CCUGCCUCCCGCUGCAACAAAUUGUGAAAUUGCAUUUCGAGUGCCGCCCCAUCAAAGAGAGCGGACCACACCUCCUUUAUCGAGCCCAACUUUGAUUCAACUUGUGCUGAACAACAAGAGACAGCAACUUAAUUCUUGUCAGGACAGCCAACAACCAAGGCUGCCGAUACACGUUGAACCAUCCAAAAAACUAAACUUCUUUCAAGUCGAACACAUGUCAUUCCCCGCCAAGAUGAUGCGCCGUAAGAAGAACGUGAAGAAGGGGAUUCAGUUCUGCCUGAUGGUCUGUGGAGCCUCAGGGACUGGCAGGACUACCUUCGUCAACACCCUCUGCGGCAAGACUGUUCUCGAUCACAAGGACUCGGAUGACCCUACGUCGGCCCACGUCGAGGAGGGAGUCAAGAUCAAGGAUAUCACCGUUGAGCUUGAACUUGACGAGGAUGGAACACGAAUUUCUCUCACAGUUGUCGACACACCAGGUUUUGGCGACCAGGUAGACAACGAGGCCAGCUUUUCGGAGAUUGUUGGAUAUCUCGAAAGGGAGUACGACAACAUUUUGGCAGAGGAGUCACGAAUCAAGCGUAACCCCAGGUUCAGAGAUAACCGAGUUCACGCCAUGCUCUACUUUAUCACGCCGACUGGUCACGGUCUCCGUGAGCUCGAUAUCGAGUUGAUGAAGCGCUUGGCACCGCGCGUUAACGUUAUCCCCGUCAUUGGCCGCGCCGAUUCUUUGACCCCCGCAGAGCUUGCCGAGUCCAAGAAGCUGGUCAUGGAGGACAUCGAGCACUACCGCAUCCCGGUUUACAACUUCCCUUACGAUAUCGAGGAGGAUGACGAGGACACAGUUGAGGAGAACGCCGAGCUUCGUGGCCUGAUGCCGUUCGCUAUCGUCGGAUCGGAGGACAUUAUUGAGAUUGGCGGCCGCAAGGUCCGCGCACGUCAAUACCCGUGGGGUGUGGUUGAGGUUGACAAUCCUCGCCACUCCGACUUCCUUGCUAUCCGCUCUGCACUGCUCCACAGCCAUUUGGCUGAUCUGAAGGAGAUCACCCAUGACUUCCUCUACGAGAACUACCGUACCGAGGCGCUCAGCAGGAGUGUUGAUGGUGGUGCUGGAGUCGACUCAUCGAUGAAGCCAGAGGACCUCGCAUCCCAGUCCGUCCGCCUCAAGGAGGAGCAACUCCGUCGCGAGGAGGAGAAGCUCCGCGAGAUCGAGAUCAAGGUGCAGCGCGAGAUCAACGAGAAGCGCCAAGAGCUGUUGGCGCGCGAGUCUCAGCUGCGCGAGAUAGAAGCUCGUAUGCAACGCGAGGCUGCCUCUUCUGCGGGUCCCCGCGACGGCUCGGAGGCAAACGGGGAAGACGGCAACUAGAAGACGCCACCCACAAGUGCCUUUCCCCUUCCACCAAUCGGCUCGCCAAAAUUUGGUAUCGUCGAAGGGCUGUGACAACCUCACUCUAUGUCUUUUUAUUGUCGAUGUCUAAAUCAACGAACCUCAAAAUUCUCUGGCCGGACGGAUAGAGCUUUUUAUACCACCAUGGAAAUGGAGAUGGAUAUGUUCUCGUGAUUUACCGGCGGGGUUGUGCAAAGACAAAAAUAAGGCGGUUUCGGAACGUGGGUCAAGGCCAGGUCUUUCCGCAAGUCUCUUGUGCCGUGUCAUUGUGGCGCUAGGAGAUAUGUGGCUUCUUUUAUACCCGGGGUCCGAGGGGAGUUUAGGGGGUGACUGAUGACAAGGAAGGCAUAUCAACGUUAUGUCUCACUUGCUUCUGUCCUUCAUCUUCUCUGCACCCUCUUCAAACCUACCCCAUCUUUGAUUAAUGCCUUGUUCCGACAGCAGCACACUCAUGUUAUGGUCUCCUGUUUCUUAUCUUCAAAAGACUUUCCCAAAACCCCCUUUAUUCUAUUUUUCUAUUAGCUUCUUUCUACCAAAUUUCUAAUGCAGAUAUCCACAAUGAUCAUUUUUGUGUAGGUC